GUCACAGCGCUGCACAGGUCAUGUCAAUGCAUGAAUGGUGGAGUAACAGGACCUUUACUUUCUUAGAAUUUUUUUUGGUUUCUAUUCGUUUGUUUUGCGCCUUUGACUCAGCACAAUGAGCAGGUGCGGUUUAAAUAACAUCUGGUUUAAUUCAUGACAUUUACUUCAGGUAGCUAGCUUGUUAAGCUAACCUAACGUUAUAGCAUAGUCUCAGCUGUCAUUCAUGCACUUCAAGUUCAGCUGAAGUUAGCUAAAGUUACCCAUUGUAACGCGUCCGAUAAGCUGGUAUCAUGUCACAGGAGGAGCUUUAUCUCGACUCAGCACCGGCAGGAGAGUUAAAGAGCGAUGUAACGGAGAAAAAGAGCCGAAGUCGACUCGGUCUCGUCGUCACGGGGGUGCUGGGAGGGUCGCUGGUCGCCCUGUACGCAGUGGCUGCACCGUUUGUCGCUCCUGCCCUGAGAAAAGUCUGUCUCCCGUUUGUCCCAGCGACCACAGCUCAGGUGGAGAAUGUCCUCAGGGUGCUGCGAGCCAGAUCAGGGACCCUGGUUGACAUUGGGAGUGGAGAUGGAAGGAUAGUGAUAGCUGCAGCCAAGCAUGGCUUUCAGGCAUCAGGCUUUGAGCUGAACCCCUGGCUGGUGUGGUAUUCUCGCUAUAAGGCCUUGAGAGAGGGAGUCCACCGCUCCACCUCCUUCCACAUCUCCGACUUGUGGAAGGUCAGUUUUGCACAAUAUUCAAAUGUCGUCAUUUUUGGAGUCCCUCAAAUGAUGGAACAGCUGGAGCUGAAGCUGGCAAACGAGUUACCGAGUACAGCCAAGGUGGUGGCCUGCCGCUUUCCCUUUCCCACUUGGGUCCCUGAACAUAUCGCCGGGGAGGGCAUAGACACUGUGUGGGUGUACGAUGCCAAGACAUUUAAAACACACAUACAACAUGGAAUGACAAAGAGGACGACACCAGAGCAUGAAGACACACCAGAGUCACACACAUAAAUGCCAACUCUCAGAUGUUGCUUUUAAGUUGUCAUCAUGCUUUGCAACCCUGGGACAGUCCUUUAUUUAUGUUUUUUUUAAUCCAUAAAAUUUCUACUCUGAAGUGGACCUGAAAUGGCUGGAAAAGACUGAUGUUCAUUUUUUUCAUGUGCUAGUAGGGAAAAUAACCUGAUUGGCACUGACUUGAUGAGUGGCUACACUUAUGUUAAAGUCAUAGGAUUAUCAGCCUCCAUGUCUGCAUUCCUGCACACUCAUGCUUAAAGCAUGACAAUUAUCAAAUAGGCAUUUCAUGUUUGAUACAUUUGUGAUGCUCAAAACCAGACCAGGGGUUAAAGAGAGCUUAAAUGGUAAUGACUUUAGAAAGUAGGAAGAAGUGCACCUUCCAUGAAUUGUUGCAUAAAUUAUUCCUAGAAAGUUGCAGUACAUGUUGAAUUGUUUAUCCUUUACAAACAGGCAAAGCAUUUGAUAAAUGACUUGCAAAUGUGGCAAGCCUGUCUCACAGAAGACUGUCCACCACGUUGUUUUGUAUACUAUCUGCAGAAAACUACUGCACUGUGUGCUAUUUUUAGACUUGUGUAUUUAUAAAUA